UUGUGGGCCUGAUCCAAACGGAAAACCCACUCUCUAUGUUGCCCCAAAACCUCGUUUCUGCUUCUCCAUCUACGCCUACACUUGCCCUCACCUUCGACAACACCGCUUCUGAAAUCUGCUCAUAGCUCUUCAUCUCUACACUCUCUGUCACUACAAGAAGCCAUGAAGGUGCGCUCAUCCGUGAAGAAGAUGUGUGAAUUUUGUCAGAUAGUCAAACGUCGAGGACGUAUCUACGUGUUGUGCUCUGCCAACCCUAAGCACAAGCAACGACAAGGCAUGGCAACAUUUGCAAGUGAAGGCACAUCUAAUCCAGUGUCCUUGGAGACAAGUAGCUACAAGAUGGUAAUGAAGCCCACUAAUAUUUUGCAACCAGGUCUGAUUUCUACUACCCCUCAAAGGCACAGCUUGUCUAUGUUGUAUGGAUGGAGGGUGGGAUUGGCCUCUAUUCUGUCUAUGAAGUAGCAAAAGUAAUUUGUAACCUUAAAUCGGAACAUUACAAGUAAUAAGUGGGAAAAGAUUGAUAAUCAACGCAUUCUGGAUUAGGGCCUCGGGCUUGCUCUCCUUUCUUUGUAUUGGCUGAUAUCUGCGAUUUUUUUUAUGUAUGUCACUUAGAUUUUGUUUCUCCGAUAAGUAUAUGGUCAACAGAACGUAACCAAGUAGUAUAUUUGGUGUUCAUUGUUAAGUGAUUCAGGGGAGCACAAUUGAUAGCUCCUAGAUUAUAAUAUAUCCUUUACUUGAGCCAAA